ACGUAUACAUUUUGCAUACAAACGGAGGAGUUGGUUGAUGUGUUUUCUAGUAAUCAAGAAAUUUAACUUUUUGUAAUUUUGUUUCACUUUUUGGACAUUUUAUUGAUUAAAAGUUCAACAAAAACUUGAAAAGCACAUCGCAUAAGUAAAGGUGGUAUUUUAUUCUAUGUACAAUGCAGUACUGCUUGGCGGACAUCGCAAUUUUACGAAAUGAGUCAUCCAAAGAUGGAACUACCUUCAAGUACGAAGGGAAAAAUUACUUCCAACUAAAUGAAUCGCUGAAUGUGAAAGCUUUACUGCGAGAUGUGAAUCGCCUCCCGGAAUAUGAACUUCAUCAGCGAACGGAAGCAUCGGACAGUGAAACAAUAUACCUGGGCUUGUUUUUGCGGCGAUUACGGCCGGAAGAGUGGAACGAUUUUGGCUGCAUUGAGCAGCGCAGACGUAUGGUGCAGAUUUUCUUCGACGAAGUGGAGCGUCACGACUUUGUUCGCUUAGGGGAACUUCAACUUCGGGAGGAAUCAGAUGGACUUGGAGCCCCUUUGAGUGUUGGUCAAUUCUAUGAGCGUUUGAGGGAGUGUCAUUUGGGAGACGUAUUGGAUCAAUCGAUUCCGGAGGAUGUGAGCCACGAGAAUUUGAGGCCAACAUUGAGACCGUACCAAAGCCAAGCCAUUCGAUGGAUGCUAGAUCGAGAAACCAUUCGAAAGACUUUGCCGGCGCAGUAUUCAAGGCUAAGGUGUCCGAACGUUCAGGGAGUUGAAUUCUUUAUGUAUUUGGACAGCUGCGAAGUGGUGGAUGAACUUCCGCAGGAAAUAGUGAUUCCUCCUGGGGGAAUUCUGGCUGAUGAAAUGGGAAUGGGAAAAACGGUUGAGAUAUUGGGACUGUUGUUGUACAAUCGAAAGAAGAAACGUAAAUUGAAAGAGCUACAAGAAUCCGAUGAAGAUGAGGAUGAUGACGAGAUGCAGGCAAAAGAAAUCCGGUGCAUUUGUACCAAAAGUUCUGACAAGCAUCUGAUAACAUGCAGGAAGUGUGGCUUAAGACAGCACAAAAAAUGCGUUAUGAAGCAUUGCGAUCCGGCAACAAGGAAGUAUAUUUGUCCAGAAUGUUGGCGGUCGGAGCCCUUGAUAGAGUCUGGCACGACAAUUAUAGUUUCUCCGGUUUCUAUUAAAAUGCAAUGGGCUUCGGAGAUCGCCAAACAUAUCAAUGACCCUUCGUUUAAAAUUUUUAUCUACGAAGGAGUUUCCGCAAGUGGUUGGAUUAGUCCGUUGGAUUUGGCGCGAUACGAUGUGGUUCUAACGGAUUAUAAUGUGCUAAAAUCGGAGAUUUAUUUUACGGCUGAAAAUGAACGAACUUCUCGUCACGAGAAACGAUUCCUGAGGCCGGCAUCUCCUCUGCCACUGAUGCGUUGGUGGCGUGUUUGUUUGGAUGAAGCUCAAAUGGUUGAAGGCGUCCACAACCAGACGACCAAAAUGGUGAAGAUUCUACCGGCAGUACACCGCUGGACGGUUACCGGUACGCCCAUUGAGAAAAGCAUGGAUAAUUUGUACGGACUGGUCCAUUUCCUCGAUUAUGUACCAUAUAACGAUUAUCGGUUGUGGAGUGAGUUUACUCGACUUUUCCAGUUGGGAAUUCCACGACCUUUAGUGCAUGCCAUGUCCCGUAUUAUGUGGCGCACGAGCAAAAUGGCGGUUCUGGAUCAGCUUGGAAUUCCACCGCAGACGGAGGUGGUCCACUACAUCACGAUGUCGGAUUUGCAAAAUCUGUUCUACCGAAUGGAGCAUGCCAAGUGCGCGAUAGCAUUCCGGGAUAAGGCUGUUAAACUUGUGGCAGAGGACACCAGUAUGGCGCGCCUAAGCAUUCAGACGUUAAAUUUGCUGAUGGAGCCGAUGCGCAAACUUCGACAGGAUUGUACCAUUCCAUCGGUUCUACACCGAUCAGAUCAAUUGACCAUGAAGAAGAUGCUUACCCCGACCGAACUACACAAUCAUCUGGUUACGAGCAAUGAAAUGGAUUGCAAAUCUCAGCUUCGAUCGAUCGUUUCCAGCAUCAACGGAAUGGCCGCAAUACACGUGAUUCGUAACGAGUACGAACAGGCUAUCAAAAUGUACAAAUCGGCACUCCGUUGGGCGGACGAUUAUAAGGGAAACGUCAGUGUUGAUUCCUUACUACAGAUCCAUGCUCUGCACAAUAUUCUGGAAGUGUUUCAAAUGCAGGUGCAGAAUGGAGAGCAGAUCGCUCCGGAAGACAUUUCAGCCUAUGAAGAACGAUGCGCUAAACUGGAGUGGAAGUACAUCGAAACAUAUUCGAACAUUGUUAAAGGCGUUGAACUGGAACUGAAACCCGCCACGGAAAAGAUUCGAGAGGUGACAUCCAAACUCGAUGGCAAAAUCGAUGGUCGCUGGUGGAGAAGCGUGAUUUAUCGGGUGGAUAGAGAUGCUCUAAAAACUGCGAAUUUUCUCCUUAAAUUGAACGUGGAUAUUCGAAAUCAUGAUGGGAUGGCCCGACCGAUUGAAACCGUCCGAGGCCUCGACUACACACUCACCGUUUGGCUGGAUAAAUUGGCCCAGAACCGAUUACAGUUGCAGAAAGCAUUCAAAUCGAUUGACUAUUUUGUAAAGAAUCUUAAACCGAAACAUUUAUGGCCAGCCACUGAAAAAGAUGCUAUUGAGAAGCUGGUAAGAACUGCAUUUUUGUGCCAUCUGGAUCCAGAUCUGCCAGAUCUCCCGAUGAAGGAGCGAAUGAAGCGCCCUACGUGUGUGCUUUGCAAUGUUAAGUCAGUUCUAACUCAGUACGAGUGUGUGAUCUUCCAAAUGGAAGUCGUUGAAAAUGGGCCGAACGCGAAGACGAAAGGUUCCUGGCAGAUAACCACACAGGAACUGGUUCUUCGACAAAUACAUUCCUUUUCCAAAAGAGAUAAUUUGGAAUCGGAAAUUAUAGAGGCCGGUGAUCUCUACCUUGCAUACGUGGAAGCCCUGAAAACGGAGUUCAAACAAUACUCCAAAUACUGGGUGGAGAUAAACUACACGGCGGCGGCCUACGAUGAGCUAAAUAUGUGUCGGUCCCGCCUUCAGGUGGUCACCGUCGAGGAGUUGGAGGAAAGCAACACCCGGAAAACUAUCCAACAGAUUCUGGACUGCGAGGUGGACGAAACCCUCGAUGAUUUGAAGGUGCAGAAGAUGAACUCGGAACGAGAAUUCGUACGUUUAAAGGGCACACUCAAGUAUCUGCAGCACUUGGGCAGUGCUAAGGAAAUCGAUGUUUGCCCGAUUUGUCAGUACACUCCGAAGGAUAAGUAUGCUGUGCUACAGUGCGGUCACCACUUCUGUGUGGCAUGUGCUCCGGAAAUUUUACGAAUCGCCAGGAAAAGUGGAAACGUCAUUGCUUGUGUUGUUUGUCGUCAUCGGCAGCGCGUACCAGACAUCUACUACGUCACUUGUUCCCAAAUGGGUUGCCCCGAAAAAGAAAUCACAGUGCGAGGAAACUUUUCGAGCAAAAUCAUAAAGAUCGUGGAAACCGUUCUGCAACUUAAGCAAAGCGAUCCCGAAGUAAAAAUCAUCAUCUUUUCCCACUGGGACCCCAUUUUAUCGAUCUUGGCCGCAGCUCUAGAGCAAAACAACAUCACUUUUCGGGCAAAAACAACCAAAUUCUACAAAGGCAUCGAGGAGUUCAAAGAGUACCGCAACGAGAUCACCUGCAUGUUGCUACCGCUAAAGUACGGCUCCAAGGGGCUCAACCUGACGGAGGCGACGCAUGUCUUUCUGGUGGAACCGAUUCUCAAUCCCGGCGAGGAACUGCAAGCCGUCGGACGUGUGCACCGUAUUGGUCAAACAAAGCCAACAUUCGUGCAUCGGUUCAUCGUACAGAAAACUAUCGAAGAAACGAUCCAUCGAACCAUCCAGAACGACCAGAGCGGACUCUGGAGCUCCAAACAGGUUACCGUUCGACAUUUGGAACAGCUCUUUCAACUGGAAGACGAUGAAAUUGUUCUCUAUAACGAUUAAAUGAGUUGUGUUAGAUGUAACAUUUAUCAUUCCAUUUUAAUCAAAUUGAUAAAAUACAAAAUACGAAUUCAA